GAUCAAUACCACUGCUUUGCCAAAUGUCUCAAACAUGGACCUCGACCACUGUGAUGCAUAUUGCAGGACGAUUCUGAUAACACUCUACAGCGUGGUUUUCCUGGGAGGCACUAUUGGAACAGUUAUAAUGUCAUGCAUGAUGUUCAAGAGGAAUAGUCAGUCAGUGAUUGCCAUCAUCAUCUUCAAUAUCAUGGUGCUGCACUCUAUCCUCCUGGUCAGCCUUCCGUUCCGCCUCAGCUAUUACCUGUCAGUCAUCUGGGAGCUGGGAACCUUUGCCUGCCGAGUGGUUAGCAGCAUCAUAUACUGGCAUAUGUACUUCUCCUUUGUUUUCUAUAUAGUUAUUGUUAUAUUCCGAUUACUCAUCUAUUUUAAAAAACUCCAGACACAACAAUUACAAAAGUACCAUGCGGUAGUCUUAAGCAUAAUUAUUUGGAUGGUGGGUAGCCUUAUUUUUUUGCCAAUAUUUUUUUUACAAUAUGGCACAGAUCCAAGUUACUCAGGAAAACAGAGAUGCUUUGAGUUCUACAGAGAUCUCAGCUGCAGGCAAAUCAUUAUCAUGAACUACUCUAUGAUUGUCAUUAUGAUGACAACGGUUGUCAUCCUCUUUUUGAUACAGAUGGCUGUCAUCCUUCAGCUGGUGAAGGCUCUCUGGCCUGACAUGUGGGCCCAUCAAGAAUAUAGAGCCCAAAUUAAGAGUUUUUUCUUUCUCCUAGUCAUACUCAUCUGUUUCAUACCCCACCAUGCAUUUCGGGUAUACUUUAUUCAAAAUUAUUCGGGGAGAGAAGAUUCUAAGUUAGUUCUUUACAAUGAAAUUUGUAUUGCUUUAACGACUGUCUGUUGCCUGGACAUGCUGUGUUUUAUAGGUGGAGUUAUCCACUAA